CAGAGAGGAAGCUGCUGAAUGCUACAGAAAAAAUACCAAAACACAAAGAACAUGGAAAGGUCGACACAGCUGUCCAACACAUCCAUCGUCAAUGAGACCACAGAUAUGAGCCGCUGUCGUGAAUUCAACGCCUCAGCCCGCCUCUUCUUCCUUGUAGCCUACAGUCUGGUGUUUGCGGUGGGUUUGCUCCUCAAUGGCUUCAUCCUGAGGUUUUACUUCACCCGUCGUCAGACGUUGUCAAAAACCCUGAUGAUCUACCUGAAGAAUCUGACAGCUGCAGACUUCAUCCUCAGCCUCUCUCUUCUUUUCUACAUCAUUAACUCAACCACCAGCUCCAUGACUAUCCGCCAGGCCUACUGCAACUUUGGAUCCAAAGUCUUCUACCUCAACAUGUACGCCAGCAUGCUGUUCAUGGCUCACAUUGCUUAUAACAGAUAUCUAAGCGUCGUCCAUCCUUUAAAAGCUCAUUCAAAAACUCACAUACUGCUGACAGUGCGAGCCGCCUACAUCAUCACUACAAUAACAUGGGUUUUCCUCAUCAUUCUUUUGAUUGCUGCUUUUUUUACUGUGUCAGUCAACAUGAAGAAGAACACGGCCUCUGUCCCCAUCAGUUGUGAAGGUUUUCGAAGCUCAGUAGCCAGCAUACCUGUAAAAGUCACCAGUACCUGUUUAGUAGCAUUUUUCUUAUCCAUCCUCAUCUUCUUGAUUUGUGUCUACUACCGCAUAUGUCGCAAACUGGCAGAGGUGCAGCAGAAUCAGCAGGUGUCCUCUGAUUCUACGAAAUUUGCUAAGGCAAGCAAGAAAAUGAUGGUGCUGAUCAUUGUCUUCUGUGUUUGCUUCAUCCCCUUCCACCUGGUUAAUCUUCCGUACGUUUUCCUUGGGUGUCACUGGAGCCAUGUGCUUCACUUUCUGAAGGAUUUGACCCGUGUAUUUACAGCCUUCAACGUCUGCCUGGAUCCCCUCAUCUACGUCAUCUUCUGCAAGGAGUUAAGCGAGCAGCUGAAACUGUUCUUCGUACGCAAAGACACGCCAACACCAAGCAGGGUGACUGAAAUUAGCCUGCAGUAGCUAUGUGUCUUCACAUCUAAGUAAUGCUUCCAUUGGUUUUGACUCUAUCACUUCAGCUAGCUCUGCAGCUUCUAGCCCCACUUAACCCUUUCAUGCAUAUUGGUCACUACAGUGGACAACUAUUCUCUUGUAUAUUCAUAGAUUUUGUUGUUUUACUUGCAUAUUAGCCGACACAGUGGGCACUUAUU